GACGCCAAUCCGGAGGCGCUGUGAGUUUUGCUGAAGCGGGGAGGCGGCCCGGCCUCUGCGCACCGUCAGCAUGAACCCCGGCCCUGGAAUGUCUCUGCUCAUCUCUCUUGUCAACCUCAUCACCCUGUUGCUGAUUGGCUGUGCUGCAGAAAGUCCCCCAGUAUUUAUCAAGACUCCCGUGGACCAGAUCGGGGUCUCUGGAGGGGUGGCUUCCUUCGUGUGCCAGGCUACCGGAGACCCGAAGCCCCGUGUGACCUGGAACAAGAAGGGGAAGAAAGUGAACUCACAGCGGUUCGAGACGAUCGAAUUUGAUGAAGGUGCCGGUGCCGUCUUGAGGAUCCAGCCCCUCCGCACCCCCAGAGACGAGAACAUCUACGAAUGCAUUGCCCAGAAUUCGGUUGCCGAGAUCACCGUCACGGCCAAACUCACUGUCCUGAGAG